UACCCCCUCCAAACUUCGAGGAGGAAAGGAAAAAUGGCGACGAGCUCCGUGCUGAAGCAACUCCGCCGGCGUUCGACGACGCUCUCCGCCCCGCUCGCCGAUCUCGCCGCCGUCUCCCUCGAAUCCCCGUCGCUCGCGGCGAGGUCGCAGCGGCGCAGGGCCUACGCCAGCUCGCGGAACGGGACCGGCAACGGCGGGGGCGCCAGAAGCUCGAUCUCUUCCCUCGAGACCCCUCUCUCGCGCUCCGUCCCUCUUUCCCGGCCGGGGAAGAAUGGGUUCCUCGCCUGGUACUUGGGCGCGCUCGAGGCUCGGCCCGUCGUCACCAAGUGCGUCACGUCCUCGCUCAUUUACGCCGCCGCCGAUUUGACUUCCCAGAUGAUUACAUUGCCGCCUUCCGGUUCUUUGGACCCGAUAAGAACGCUGCGUAUGGCCGCAUAUGGAUUGAUUAUCUUGGGUCCUAGCCAGCACACGUGGUUCAACUCUGUGUCGAGAGUCCUACCGAAGCGAGAUAUGGUUACUACCCUGAAGAAAAUAUUAAUGGGGCAGGCGUUAUAUGGACCUUGCAUCACCACGGUCUUCUUCUCGUACAAUGCGGCUCUACAAGGUGAAACUUUUGGUGAUAUUGUUGGCAGAUUGAAGCGAGAUCUACUGCCGACCUUUAGAAAUGGCGUUUUCUUUUGGCCUAUUUGUGAUUUGUUCACAUUUAAGUUCGUCCCUGUGCAUUUACAGCCAUUGGUGAACAGUUCUUGUUCAUAUGUGUGGACCAUUUAUUUAACAUACAUGGCAAGCUUGAAAAAAGCGAGUUCGGACUGAAGAUGGGAUUGGCAAACUCCAACUGUAUACAUUGUUUUUCUCCAACUUGGGAAAUUGAAGAAAGGAAAGGAUUAGUUUGUCCCAAGUUCAAUCCUCGUUGACAGCACAAUCAAUCUCCAUGAAUGGCUGGGGUGUAAGAUUCAUUUAGUCAUGAUACGUCAUUUCUAUUCAAAUGUAACUAUGUACUUUUAUCAAUUUAGAAAGAAAAUUUUGUUGAGUUUCAGCAUCCAACCUUGUCAAAUUUCAAGAGCUGUUGUAUCGUUGUUAUCAUCAAGAAUCAAGCACAUGUUGGUCCUGUGGUCUUUGAUAACCUUGGUCUCUGAUGAUAUGAGCAACAUGGAGGCUUGGUUCCCCUCUGGACUGAUCGAGAAGGACGAUGAACCCAUGUCCAAAAGUAGCACAGAACAGUUGUAGCAACUAGAGGUUGCUGUACUUUUUAUUAUUUAAUUUCUGAGGCAGUGUGGUUGUUUUGGUAUUUGCAUGCUUAAUUGCAUGAAACUCAAUAGCUCUAAACCUUCCUGAAUAAUUCUGAUUUAAUUCUGAUGGAUAAUUGUAAUCAGAUCGAGUUUAAUGAAAUUCCAUCGAUGUUUUUUGGAUUGCA